UAAAUAAAUAGAUAACUCACCAAUAAGCAGGGACCACGAGUCAGGACAAGCAUUAUAAAAUGACACCCCCUUCCAUCACAUUCCAAAGGGUCUUGAGUCUGAGAACCAUCAUCAUCAUCAUCUUCUCUUAACGGAUCCAUGGCAAGAUCCGAAACGGAGAAAGAGAUUACCAAAUCGGAUCCUCCUCAAGAUCCGAUAAUACCCGGCCUUCCCGACGAUAUCGCAGAGCAGUGUCUUCUCCAUCUCCCCUUUCCUUACCACGCCCUCGCUCGCUCCGUCUCUCCGGCGUGGUCCUCCGCCGUCUCCUCCGCCGCUCGCCGCCGAUCUCUUUCCCCUUCUUCUUCCCUUCCUUACCUCACUGUCUUCGCCUUCCACCGCCCUUCUCUCCGCCUCCGAUGCCUCGCUUUCGAUCCCAUCUCCUACCGUUGGAUUCCUCUCCCUCCGAUCCCUCUCCCUUUCCCUCUCCUCCCCUCCUCCUUCGCCGCCGCUUCCCUUCCCCGCUCCGGCAACCUCUUCUUCAUCGGCGGCAUGCGUGCUGAUACCUACUCUCCGAUCCCCACAGUGCUCUCCUUCAACGCAUCCACCAACGCCUGGAUCUCCGCCGCAUCCAUGCCCACACCACGCGCCUUCUUCUCCGCCGCGACAGUCGGCGAUCAGCUCGUCGUCGCCGGGGGCGAUCUCAACUCCGUCGAACGCUACGACCCGGAUCUCGAUCGAUGGACCGAAAUCUCUCCGAUGCGGCGAAACAUAGAACGCUACGACGCCGCAGUGCUCGGGCGCCGCCUCUACAUCACCGGCGGCUGGAAGUGGCCCUUCGAGGACCCUCCACGUGGCGGGCAGUACGACGUCGAUGAUGACACGUGGCAGGAGAUGAAGGCAGGGAUGCGAACGGGAUGGACGGGAGUGAGCGCGGUGGUGGAUGACAAGCUGUUCGUUGUGUCAGAGUGCGGGGCGGGAAGAGUGAAGACCUAUGACGAGAAAGAGGACACGUGGCGAGCGGUGGGUGGUGAAGGAGUGCCGUUGCUGUUAGAGAAGCCGUACGCAGCGUGCGGUGUGAAAGGGACGGUGUACGUGAUUGGAAAUGGGCUCAGCGUCGGAGUGGGUCGGGUUGGAGGAAACGGGUCGGAUCUUAACAUUGAGUGGGAGCUGAUCAAAGGAUCCGAUAAGUUUGCGGAUCUUGCACCCGUUAGUUGCCAACUCAUCUAUGCCUAAAAGUUAAAGAUAAGAUAAUAAAAAGCACCAAACUUUUUCUUUAUUUAUUAUUAUUAUUUUUUUAAGAAAUAGGAAAGAAGGAAUGUAUGAUGAUUGAUUUAACUUUCUUAGUAGGUGUUUUAUGUGUGUUUGUUUUCUUUUGUGAUGGUGUGGACUGUGGAAAAGAAGAAUGCUUAGUGGACCA